AUGGAAAACGACAGCCAGACACUUCAAAUGGACCAUACCCUUUCACACUGCCCUUGGCAAGCCGACAAACCCCAACCAAUCUCCCGAGACCAAUGGCCGGAAGAAGGCCUCCAAUGGGGUUCAGAUCCCAGCUUCUGCUAUCACGGCUACUCUAGUCCUAUCGGCACCUGGACAGAAGAGAGGCUUGUGCAGAAUCUGAUGCGGAACAUGGCCAGCUUCUGCACGACCAUGGACAUUGGCUUCAAUAUCCCCGAAAUUAUAGACGAGCCAUCUGAGAAGCCUAUACUGGAUCCAUCAGAACUGAAUGGAUUUACACUUCCCAUGUUCCAGCCAUCGAUGGUCCCACAAAAUAGAAGAUUCUCCGAGACCCCAUCCUCACCAUCUUCAUCCUCAUCGAGCCAAGGCCAGAUUUUCUCUCCGGACAAUACCGAAUGCACGCGACGGGCAAGCUGCGUCAAAUCCAGGACUCAGUCUGGGCAGAAGAAGAGGAAGUGUGUGCAAAGACCAGGACAGAAAUUGUGCCACUGUCGAUCGGAGAAGAGAAGAAGAGAGAUCAUUGGAGAGCGAUAUAAAGAGCUUUGUCGCAUUGUACCGGGGCUUGAGAAACAGUCAUUCACAAGGAAAUAUGUUCUCGAGGGGGCUGCGCUGUGGAUUCAAAAAUUGGUACAGGGCAACGAUGCCCUUCAUCAACAACUUGGGCAGUUGAAGGAACAGGAGAAGUUGAAUCAGUUACGGUUAUUCCCUAUUGAGGAGGAUGAAAAGUUGGGCUGCUAG